AUGAUUUUUGUUGAGGGUGUAGAAUUUAGUAUCAUGAAAAGGACGGAGCGUAAAUGGAUGUAUGAUAGACUUGAUGGGCGCAAUAUUAAGCCCGAGUUUCUCAAUGGGGUUACAGAGUUCAUUGAGUUUUGCAAAGAGCAUCAAAGUUGUGGUGACGGUGACAAAAUAAGAUGUCCAUGUCCCCUGUGUGAUAACAGACGGUUCUAUGAUGUUGAAACAGUUAGACUACAUCUGUACAAGAAGGGUUUUGUUCGUAAUUACUAUGAAUGGGUAUGUCAAGGGGAAAGUUUUGGAGAGUCCGUCUCGCGUGUUCAAACAAAUCCAUACCGUGAAAUGGUUAUCGAUGCUCUAGGAAAUAAUCAAGAACAUAUGUUGAACGAAGAGGUCGAUGUAGUUGAAGAAGAGCCAAAUGGUGAAGCCAAGAAGCUUAUCGACCUUCUAAAGGCAGCUGAAGAUCCAUUAUAUGAAGGAAGCAACCUAUCUGUGUUGGAGAUGGCAUCAAGAAUUGCAAGUUUGAAAUGUGAAUUCAACUUACAACACAGGUGUGUGGAUGGGUUUGCUUCUUUGAUGAAUGAUGCUAUUCCAAAUAACAACCAAAUGGGUAGAACUUUCAAUAGUACAAAGAAGGUUCUUCAUGGCUUGGAACUUUCUCACGAGAGGAUCCACACAUGUCCUAAAGGUUGUUUGCUCUUCUGGAAAGUCGAUGCACAAUUAGAUAAAUGUAGAGUAUGUGGAAGUGAUCGAUAUAGGAAGACUUCUAGAGGCAAGCUUGUACCGGCUAAAGUCAUGAUCUAUUUUCCAAUCACACCUAGGUUGCAAAGGUUGUAUGCUACCAAGAACGUUUCCGAGGAUAUGACUUGGCACGCCAAGAAUCCUCGAGUUCAAAACACCUUUGCACAUCCUAGUGACAGUGAAGCAUGGAAGCACUUGGAUGCAACCUUUCCUGAUUUCGCAUUAGAGCCUCGAAAUGUUAGGCUUGGUUUAUGCACGGAUGGAUUUGCCCCCCAUGGUAAGUUUGGCUCCCAAUAUUCAUGUUGGCCUGUUAUUCUUACACCAUACAACUUGCCUCCAUUGAUGUGUAUGAAAAAACCCUUCAUGUUCCUUUCUUUGCUCGUUCCCGGUCCUAAAAAUCCAAAGGGACACUUGGAUGUGUACAUGCAACCGCUCAUCGAAGAGUUGAAAUAG